AUGAGGCAGUUACUGUUUUCUGUAAGUCUUCUGAGCUUUUUAAUACUUUCCUGGAAUCAAUCUGCUCUCACAGCGUCAGAGUUUCAUCUGGAUGGCGACUAUUUGAUAGGAGGACUGUUUGAUAUUCAUUAUGUCAGUGAUUUUGUUUAUUUCAGAAAACCAGAAGCCCUUGACUGCUCCAAGGAUCAGUCAAGCGGUCACAAGAUCAUCGCACUGGUUGGUCCUUUCACCAGCACAGAUACCCUCGCCGUGACCCCACAAUUCAUGCCGGAUCUCAUUCCUGUGGUUAGCUAUGGAGCUGCUAGCUCAGUCCUUUCACAAAAACACAGAUUUCCCUCCUUUCUACGCACAGUGCAUUCCAACAAAGAGGUCAUAGAUGUGAUGGUUAGCAUUGUGCAAAACUUCCACUGGCGCUGGGUUGCUUUCCUUCACACUGACAACGAUUUUGGCAUUGAUGGACUGGAACUGUUCAGGAGGAGAAUUAAAAGCACUGACAUCUGCUUGGCCUACACCAAAGGUCUUGAUGUCAACACCAAUUACUCUCAAGUGUUCAAGCAGAUAGAGGCACAGAAAAUCAAUGUUAUCAUUGUGUUUUCUACAAACAUGGAUGGUGAAGCUCUCAUAAAAUCAGCAAUAGAGCUGAAUAUCAGAAACAAGGUGUGGCUCACGGGGGACACCUGGUCCUUAAACAAGAAGCUCCGCAAGAUGGGAGGAAUCAAAGAUAUCGGAACUGUGCUUGGAGUGUCUCAACCGGUGAUAAUAAUUCCUGGCUUCAGCGAUUUCAUCUACUCAACCAAGAGCCAGAGGCCUUUUGACAGUACAGAACAAAAGACGUUUUGUAACCAGGACUGCAACUGCAGCAGUUUGUCGGCAGAGGACAUCGUUUCUAUGGACCCAUCGUUUUCAUUUCCAGUUUACUCUGCUGUGUAUGCCAUUGCUCAUGCGUUGCACAAUGUUCUGCAGUGUGGAGCAGACAAAUGCAACGGCAAUGUCAAAGUGUAUCCAUUUAUGAUUCUCAAAGAGCUCAGGAAGUCAAAUUUUACACUGUUGAACAUCAGUGUUCAGUUUACUGAGGACGGAAACCCAAAAUUCGGACACUACUCCAUAGUUUUCUGGAGUCAGAGUGGUGACGCAGAGGAAGUGGGGUUCUAUAGAUUUUUCCCAUCAGUCAGUUUCUUCAUCAACACCUCCAAGAUUCAGUGGUACACAAAUAAAGAAGUACCUAUUUCACUGUGUUCUCCAGAGUGCCCUGCGGGGUAUCAAAAGAUGCAAAAUAGCAUUCACAAAUGCUGCUUUGGCUGUAAAAUGUGUCCCAAUGGAACAUAUUGCAACAGUGCAGAGGACCCCUACAGAUGCAUCCCCUGUCAGGACUCA